UGUAUUGACUGUUUGGUUCAGGUGGACAGCCUGGGGGGUCUCUGAGGAUUGGGUGGGGAAACUCUGGUACAGAGUGAGUGAGCGACUGAAUAAAAUCAGAAAGUGCUGGAGAAGUUCCACCCAAAGAAGACACAUUGCUAAUAUUAGGGUGUGUCCCAGACUGCACACGUUUUAGCUUAUAUAACCAUAAAAUAUUAAUCUGAGUCUCCGUUCCUGUGCGAGGAACCUCACCACGGCGUGCUGGUAAACGUUCUGAAGCCCUGGGGGGGGGGUGGAAAGCCCCACCCAAUUCCUCUGAGAGGAGGCGGACAGACCUGCGAGCGAGGGUGUGGUCCAUGCCGUACUGGGCCUGUGAGAUACCGAAGGAGCGUUAGGGGUGCCCUCUGUGCUCCGCUCAUCGUGGGGGAGUCUCCACCCCUGGGGGGGGGGGUGUGCUGGGUCUUUGAGGUUAUGUCAGACGGUAACGUCUCUGGUCACCGGGGUGCGGGAUUGCGGUGCACAUGGAACAGGUAUUAGCUUACCCUGCUCCUUAUUGGCUUGCCCUUUGGUGACACGUGUAUGACAUUCUCGUUGUGUGGAGUUGGUUUGAGGGAAGAGUGUGUGUCGGUGUGUGUGUGUUGCAUGUCAUCUGCACUGUUUGAUCGGUAUGCGUGUUCAAAUUCAAUUCAAAUUCUAAAACCUUUAUUUGUCCCCGAGGGGCAAUUUGAAAGGCAUAGAGGAGCAGCGCACACAUAAGUUGUAGCAUUUCACACAACAGAUGACACACAAUGAACUAUGAAGAAUAAUAAAUGACUUUAAAUACAGAGGCAAUAAGGUGCAUGAUGUGUGUGUGUGUGUGUGCGUGUGUGUGUGUGUGUGUGUGCGCAUGCGUGCGUGCUGGGCUUUGGUAGGAAAAGACCUCUUCACGCACACAGACAGAAAGCUGCCCCAGGGAAUUAUGGGAAGUGAAUAUAUCCCUCCAUGCAAAUCGGCUUAAUGUUGUGGUGCCAGGUGGCCACGGGGGGUUUAAUCCCUGGUUUCUCGCCUCGGUUUGAGGAAGCCUGUCUCUGCUGUGGAACCGAGACGCAUGUCUGUGCUGGGAGGGGCUGGUAGGAGCUCGCAUGUCAGAGGGGUCUGAACUGUCAGAAUGGGCUCCGGGAACAAUGUCUCUGCAAUGAGAACGGUGACCUCUAGUGUUUGUCCUCAGCACAUGCAGCAAUGGUGGUAGUCUGAUAUUUAUUUAUUUAUUUUCCUUUUACUUUUCUCCUGUCUGGAAGCUUUAGCAGAAUCAUGAUCUGAAUGCCCUGCUGUGCCUAACAUGUUUGCUUUACCAUGAGGGGCUCUAUAAACUCUGCAUAGGCCCCUCAUGUUGAUCGAUUUCUUUUUAUUUUAUUUAUUUAUUUCAUUUUUAGCAUGUAAAAUAUUGCAGUGGCUGAGCUGGCUGGAGAGGAGGGACAGAUUAGGAGGAGGAAGAAAAGAAAAGAACAAAAGAAAAAGAGGAGGCUCUGUGAUCAAGCUGAACGAGGGGGACCCAUGUGACGCCAUCGCUGAAGACUGUGAUGAUAUUUGCAUCCUGUCCAUGGAGCAGCAGGCCGAUCGACCCAGCCCCCCCGUGUCACUCUCAGGUACAGAGCGAGGAGAGUCCUGCUCCUGGCAGACGGGCGUCCCCCCUGUUUCGCUGAUAGUCACUGAGUCCUGGUCCCAAGUGGACGUCAUGGACCCGGAGGACGUCAAGAGUCUGGAUGGCAGUGAAGGUGCAGUGAUGGCUGAGGAGCACAGCGAGAACAACUCCUCUAACUCUGACAUCGUCCACGUGGAGAGGGAGGAGGCGGAGCUGCUGGAGUCUGGGGCUGAGGGAGAGGUGGAGGAGGCUGAAGAGGAAGAGAAGGAGGAAGGAGCAGGGGCUGAAACCGUGCUCCCAGAACUGGAGGAGAGUCUACUGAGUGUGCUGGGCAGUGAGAGUGAACUGGUGGAGCUGAAGGUGGAGCUCAGCAGCCCCACCCCCUGGGUUGGCCAUUCCCCCUCAGCUGACCCUGCCCCCUCAGUAGGCCACACCCCCACAGUUAAUCCCCCCCCUUUACCCCUUGAGGCUAUUGGGACCCGGGAGCCUUUGGCAUCUGAACAGACUGACCCCAUUCCAGCAGCUGCCAUUCAUGUGUCGCACAUGGAGGCUCCUGUGACAGAGGUCAGCCUCCCUCCCACAGGUGUCGCCGAUGAGCCCCCACCCCCAGCUCAGGAUCUUCCCCAUCUUCUUAUGGAGGCAGAGCUGGUGCCGGAAGCAGAAUCUGACCUGCCAGUGGAAAGCUUACAGCCCCCACUCCUGUCAGCAGAGGUCCAGUUGCAGCCUGCGGCCACGAUCCCCCCCAAAGCAUCUGUGCAGGAAUCCUGGAAAGCCCCCCCAGGGAAGGCUCCACUGCAACCACAGCCUGCAGCCACGACCCCCUCCAAAGCAUCUGCGCAGGAAGCCUGCAAAGCCCCCCCUGGGGAGGCCCCACUAAAGCCACUGCCUGCAGCCGCGACCCCCCCCAAAGCAUCUGUGCAGGAAGCCUGCAAAGCCCCCCCUGGGGAGGCCCCACUGCAGCCGAUGCCUGCAGCCACGACCCCCCCCAAAGCAUCUGCGCAGGAAGCCUGCAAAGCCCCCCCUGGGGAGGCCCCACUGCAGCCGAUGCCUGCAGCCACGACCCCCCCCAAAGCGUCUGCGCAGGCUGCACAUGAAUCCUGCAGAGCCCCCCCUGGGAAGGCCCCAAUAAAGCCAAUGCCUGUAGCCGCGACCCCCCCCAAAGCAUCUGUGCAGGGGUCCAGCAAAGCCCCCCCUGGAGAGGCUCCACUGCAACCACAGCCUGCAGCCACGACCCCCCCCCAAAGCAUCUGUGCAGGAAUCCAGCAAAGCCCCCCCUGGGGAGGCCCCACUAAAGCCACUGCCUGCAGCCGCGACCCCCCCCAAAGCAUCUGUGCAGGAAUCCUACAAAGCCCCCCCUGGAGAGACUCCACUACAACCACAGCCUGCAGCCACGACCCCCCCCAAGGCAUCUGUGCAGGAAUCCAGCAAAGCCCCCCCUGGGGAGGCCCCACUAAAGCCACUGCCUGCAGCCACGACCCCCCCCAAAGCAUCUGUGCAGGAAUCCUACAAAGCCCCCCCUGGAGAGACUCCACUACAACCACAGCCUGCAGCCACGACCCCCCCCAAGGCAUCUGUGCAGGAAUCCUACAAAGCCCCCCCUGGAGAGGCUCCACUGCAACCACAGCCUGCAGCCACGACCCCCCACAAAGGGUCUGCGCAGGAAUCCUGCAAAGCCCCCCCUGGGGAGGCCCCACUAAAGCCAGAGCCCCAGCCCCCAGAGUCGUCUUCUCUUUCUGAGCUGUCGGCGCUGCUGUACGGUGGCGCCGCCCUGGUGGCCAUUGCUGCUGCACUGGCAUACGGAGCCUUUCUCUACAGGAGGAAGUAGCAGAGGUCCCACUGCGCUGUUGCUCUGGUUAUCCAGGAUACCGCGGACACUGGGGGCCCUGGGCUGCUGCCACUCGCAUUCUUUCGUCUUUCUGUUUCUUUUCCCCUUUCAUCUGUCACUCAUGCUGUCCUUUCUGCUGGGCUGGUUUUUGGGCUUUAUCAUCUGCUGUCGAUGCUCCCUUCUCAGCAGGUCUCAGUCUGCUGCUGCAGUGUGGAGAACCACUCAUCAUGUACAAUGUUCAUGUUGCAUAGAGCCUGGUUUAGGGUAACCUGGUUUAGAUCAUGUAUAGGUGACCGGCACAUGUUAAAAAUACAAAUGCCAUAUAACUCAGCGUAACACACACAUACUCACUCACCCUUCAGUACUUUGGUUUGACAGCAUCCACUGCACUGAAAACCAUGACAUCAAAGAACAGACCCCCCCCCUUCAGCUCUUCUGGGAAAGAGGAACAGACAUUUUUCAACCUGGUAUCUCUUCAUCCAGACUGGUUUUGCUAACCCUUCACUGCUAAACACAGAAGGAAGUGAGAAUUGUUGCUGUUCUUGAUGCAUGGGCACUUGUUCUUCUUUCCUUCUUUUUCAUGGGGAUGUCAGGCCUGGUCUGGGUUCUCGGUGUGGUUUAUAUUUCACACGCACAGCUCACAGCACUCGGGAGCAAAUGCGCCUGGCAGAGCCGUCUGAGUGUAGCAGAAUUCCCUAGUAUUCCCUAGUACCAUGAUUGUAGCCUGGUGGCCAUUGCUGGCCUUUCUGGGGAAUCCGCUCCAAUAUGGCCGUCCUUGGUCCAGCUCUGAGAACACGGAGCGAGCUUCCAGGCCUUGCAUGACACUCGAGAGUUUUCUCCACCGGAGAACCGUUAGAACAGAAAUGUCACAUUAUAGCCAGCUUUGCGAAUCUGUCUGAGAAACAGAAGUCCAUGGUGUUCCGCAGUGUCAGGUUCACGGCCGACUUUCGCAGCCUUGUAGUCAAGCCCCCCCCCCCCCGAAUCUUAAUGGAGGAGGGGCUACCUUCAUUCACGUCAAUCUGCUGCAACCCAAUAAGGCGUAGUAACCACUGUGUGGAUCUAGUGAAGCUGAGCAUCAGAACAAAGAACAGGCGCACGGAACCACAGUGGGGAUGCCGGCGAUUUUAAAUGCACAACCCUGUACUCAGAACCACGGUAUUAUCGCCCAAGAGUGACGUUCUGAACACGGGGUCGAGUCCUUUAGCGCUUUAGACCACAGUCAGAUAUGAUGCUAGUGUGGAGAUUAUUAAAAUUAAGGUCUAAGAACGCAGGAGAACAUUUUGCUACAAGGCUGAGGUUCUGUUACAUGGCAGGAGUGAGAUUGGUGUCAAGGAGUAGUUCCGUUAUCUGUGGACUGUAACGCCGCUCAUUAGGGGGUGAUGAUGUGUAAUUCAUGCAUCCAUACUAGUGGACUUGGUUAACUGUUAGCAUGUAUAGAUAACCUGUAACUACAAGCUGGAGAGGAGCAGGUGAGAGGUUUAGAAGACUUUAGUCACCAGUUACUAACUUUUUCUUCCAGGAAAGAUGUCAGUACAUAAAGGUUAAUAGAUUUUAAUUGUGCAGGAAUGAAUGUGCAGUUGCGGAAAAUGUUUGGAAAAAAAGUACUAUGGCUUCUCCAACCUUGUGAUUUGUAAACAAUUGUAUCUAAGUCCACAAACAAUAAAGAAGUUAAACAGAA